AUGAGCACUUGCGUCCCAAUGAAUGAUAUUGACUUGGAGGGGCAAGGUUUGAAUGUUCCAAGUUGUGAUCUAACGCCAAGGCAGUUAGACCUGAUUUUCAGAAGUGUUUUUAUAUCAAAAGGCAAGGUCUGCUCUUGGUGCAUAAGCAAGAACAGAGGACCACCAAAAGCAGCAACAACACAAUUAAGGAAAAUGCCAGUGCUUGAAAGUGGAUGCGGGGUGAUACAGUACAUGAGCUUGCUUGAAAGCAUACUCUGUCAUCCUCAGGCUGCAACGGUGGCAGCCUGUACUGCUGUGACACCAUGUCCUGGUGGCUGGCAGUGUGUGGAUUUCAAAGUGCACUUUGAAAGAUCAGGCACCCAUUUGCUGUGCCUGGCUCGGGAGGUAGUGGCGACCAAGAUUAUGGUGUGUCAUGGCUAUUCUUAG